UGUAUUGGGAUACCCCUCCAAAUCAUUGGAUUCAGGUGUUCCAAUCACCUCCCAUGGCCACAGGUGUAUAAAAUCAAGCACCUAGGCAUGCAGACUGCUUCUACAAACAUUUGUGAAAGAAUUGCUCUCUCUCAGGAACUCAGUGAAUUCAAGCGUGGUACCCUGAUAGGUUUGCCACCUGUGCAAUAAGUCCACCUGUGAAAUUACCUUGCUACUAAAUAUUCCACGGUCAACUGUUAGUGGUAUUAUAACAAAGUGAAAGCAACAACAGCAACUUAAAAUGACAAAGCGAGGCCACGUAAACUGACAGAGUGGGGUCAGUGCAUGCGGAAAUGCAGUUGUCAACUGCCUACAGAGUCAAUAGCUAAAGACCUCCAAACUUCACGUGGCCUUCAGAUUAGCACAACAACAAUGCAUAGAGAGCUUCAUGGAAUGAGUUUUCCAUGGUCGAGCAGCAGCAUCCAAG